AUGAUUGCCGCCAACGAAACGCAGACUGACUGGUCAGCACCCAGCCAAAAGCCUAUCGACGAUGAUCGCCCGAUCAAAGUGAUUUGUAUAGGAGCGGGCAUCUCUGGCAUGCUGACAGCCAUUCGGUUCCCUCAGAAGAUCAAGAAUCUGGAGCUUGUGAUUUACGACAAAUCGGACGACAUCGGUGGAACGUGGCAUGAAAAUCGCUACCCUGGUGUGGCCUGCGACAUUCCUGCUCACAGUUACCAAUUCACAUUUGCGAACAACCUCAACUGGAGUUCCUUCUAUGCUGAAGGCCCAGAAAUCCAUCGCUACCUGAAGAAUGUCGCUCGGCGAUAUGAUGUUGAGCGCUACGUCAAGCUCCGGCAUCUUUUCCUUGGAGCCCGGUGGCAGGCGUCGGACGGAAAAUGGGAGGUUGAGAUUGAGGAUCUCGAGAACGGAAGAAAAUUCACUGAUCGAGCAGACAUCUUGAUCAAAGCUACCGGAAUUCUAAAUAGGUGGGAGUGGCCAGAUAUUCCAGGUCUUCGCAAUUUCAAAGGAACUCUCCUACACUCGGCGGAUCGAAAGAGCUGGGAGACUCCGCUGGAUCCCAAAGGGAAAAGAAUAGCUGUCAUCGGAGGUGGCUCAUCGGGCAUUCAGAUUGUGCCUCAGCUCCAGCCCACCGCGGCUCGAAUUGACCAUUACAUGAAGGGCAAGACAUGGGUAUCACCAGUUGGCUACGGCGCCGACAAAUCCAACCGAGGAGUGACGGAUAAUUACAAAUAUUCGGCCGAUGAGCUCAGGAUGUACCGUGAGAAGCCCGAAGAGUAUCUCAGAUACCGCCGAGAAAUUGAACGAAUCAUGAACGCCAAACCCGAAAUCCUGUUCAAGGGCACGGAAGAGCAAAAAGCCUUCUUCGCGCUGAACGACGAGUCGAUGAAGCAGAAACUCUCCAAGAAGCCACACAUCUAUGAGAGCUUACGGCCGGACUUUUCGCCAUUCUGCCGCCGGCUCACGCCUGGUCCCGGCUUCUUGGAAGCGCUGGUCGAGGACAAUGUGGACUUCAUCGGCUGUGGAAUCGACACGGUCGUAGAGAACGGUAUCAAGGCGAAUGAUGGAAGGGUACGCGAAGUGGACGUGAUCAUCUGCGCUACAGGCUACGACACAUCCAUGGAAAACGAACCACCCAUCGUGGGACUCAACGGGACGACUCUCGCUGAUAUGUGGAAUCCCGACCCUCAAGCCUAUCUUUCGAUUUGCGUCCCGAAAAUGCCAAACUUGUUCCUUUACUUUGGCCCCAAUGGUGGCGCCGGAUCCGGGUCGGCAAUAUUCUUCCUCGAGUCGGUGACGCUCUAUCUCGUCAAGCUUGUACAGAAGAUCCAGCGAGAAUACAUAAAGUCCAUGGUCGUUACCGAGAAAGCCACCAGCGACUUCGUCAGACACGUCGACGAAUACUUUUCCAAAACAGUUUUCACCGAAACCUGCAAAUCCUGGUUUAAACGAAACAAGCAGAACGGUCGUGUCACUGCGCUGUGGCCCGGCGCUUCGAUUCAUACUCAGAAGGCUCUGGAAAACCCCCGCUUCGAAGAUUUUCAAUAUGAAUACCUUGACGCCUUGGGCUCCAACACCAUGGCGUGGCUGGGCAACGGAACAACCGUGGCCCAGAUUAGUGGACAGGAUACCACUGAUUACCUCGUCGACAAUGACAUUCCCCCGCCUAUCGUGGAGGGGGUCCAUGAAUGGGACAAUUGA